UGUAAAACUAAAGAAGAGUAAAUGAUGAGUGAAGCUGCAGCUCUUCCAGUGAGGACAGCACACACAGAGCAGAGAGACGGUCUACCUGGACAUCAUGGAUCACCUGUUGGUGCUGCUGCUGCUGCUGCUGUGGAACUCAGGACUCCAGGCUGAAGAAAAUCACAACUCAACAGAGCCUGUCAGGUUGGUGGGAGGAGACAGUCGCUGUGCAGGAACACUGGAGCUGAAACAUCAGGGAGACUGGAGACCAGUGAGUGGCUCUGACUCUUACUGGACCCUGAAGGAAGCAGCAGCUGUCUGCAGAGACUUGGACUGUGGCUCUGCUGUUUCUGUAGAAGAGAGAGAGGGGUCCUCAAAGAGAUCUAUGUGGAGGAUCAGCUCUUACUGUGUUCAGUCUAGAUCUACUCUGAGGGAGUGUGCAGCAUCACAUUCCUCUAGAUACAUCCUGAAUCUCACCUGCUCAGACCUGCUGCUUCAGCCCAACAUCUCUGGGUCCUCCUCCGUGGACCGGGUCUCCGAGGCCCAGCAGCAGGGGUUUCACGUGCUCAGGGGCUCCACCUUCACCAUCAGCUGCUCCGUCCAGCCACAGUACCCAGGAGGCUCCUUCCAGCUCACCUUCACCUCCUCCACCUCAGCACUCAAGUACACCCAGCCAGCUGUCAAUCACUCCGCCCACUUCCUGUUUCCUGCUGCAGAGCCCGCCCACCAAGGAAGCUACAGAUGUGUUUAUCACGUCUAUGUUUUUUCUCACGACUUCUUCUCUGAGAGCCGUCUGAUCUCUCUCACCGUCGCAGAUCUAAGGCCUUUCAUCAUCAGAGCCAUCGUCCUGCCGCUGAUUCUGCUGUUGGAGAACAUUGGCCUUUAUUUCUACUAUAAGGGCAAGAGGGGGCAGAGGCCGAGCAGACGGGAGAAGGCUGAGCCGGAUUAUUAUAACCUGGGUGUUCCUGCAGCUGAAGAGGAAGGAGCUCAGGGAGCAGAGUAGCACCUCCAAGGAGCUCAUCUCACAUCCAGAUGGAUUUAUAACACAACCCAGCAGCAGCUCAUUUUAGACGCAUGUUCCCUUUAAACAAGAAGGCUGCUUCUAUUCUAUUACAUCAUAUACUAUAUCUGUUUCACUCUCAACAUGAAAACCAACAAUGUGUUAGUCUCUUGUAGCCCAUUGGUUCCUCCUGAAGAUGUAAAUCUCUAAAAACACCUCACAAACAUAAAGUGUCAUUGAAAACUAGACUUGAAAGCAGGAAUACCGGAGUCCGACCCAGGCCGAUCGGGAACAGUGCUUUAUAUUAAAUUAAGAUAAAUGUAGAACAUUGAUAUAUAUCCUCUAAAGUCUGUAUUACCUGUCAAAUCUGAAGACAAUUGAAGAAUGAAAUCCUGAGAUCAGAGUAAAAACAUGUUGGAUCUGUAGAUCUGGAGCACAUCCAGGGUUGGUGAAGCACAUCUGCUGCCACGUUGACAAUCUGUUGGUGUUUGUGAUUCAAAAAUAUCUAUAAUGAAUGAAUCAAAGUCAUGUAGCCAGCAAACACAGUAGAGUAUUAAAAACCAGAGGCUGUUUUCACACCAGUUUCAUCUGGUUAGUGACACAUGAACUUUAUGAGCUCACUUUAGCGCCCCCUUGUGGUUCACAUGGCUCAUUUAUUGUUGUGAGCAGGACCACAUUUAGCUUAUAAAAUAACCAUAAUAAUACCAUUGGGAGCAAAAAUAUAAGAGUAUUAACAGCUUAUAGUGUGAUGAAGGAAUUUUAGUAUUUCAUUAGAAUUUAGCUUAAUUUUGUACAUAAGGAAAAUUUGUAAUUGAAGAUUUUACUUUUACUUUUUUCUAAUGAAGGAUUUUGCUUAUUUCAUAACAAUUUCACUUAAUGUUGUAAUCAAGAAUUUUGCAAAUUUUCAUGAUUAAGUACUUAUUUUUUAAGAAUUUUACUUAAUGCUGUAAUAAAGGAUUUGAUGAUUUUUAUUAUUAAGUAAUUUACUUAUUUUUUUAAGAAUUUUACUUAAUUGUUUUAAUUAAGUAAUUUUCUUAUUACAUAAGUAUUUUACUUAAUUUUAUUUCAGUAGAAUUUGGCUAAUUUCUGUAAAUAAGGUGUUUACUUAAUUUUGCACUUAAAGAAUGUGCUUAAUUUCUAUGAAUUUUACUUUUGUAUUUAAGGAAUUUACCAAAUUUUGUACUUUGGGAAUUUUGUUGAUGUUGUACUUAACAAAUUUACACAAAUUUAUAAUUGAGGAUUUUACUUUUAUUACUUUUUUUCUAAUGAAGGAUUUUGCUUAUUUCAUAAGAAUUUCACUUAAUGCUGUAAUAUAGGAUUUGAUCUUUUUUAUAAUUAAGUAAUUUACUUAUUUUUUAAGAAUUUUACUUAAUUUCUUUAAUUAAGGAUUUUUUUUAUUAUAUAAGAAUUUUACUUUAUUUUAUUUCAGUAGAAUUUGGCUAAUUUUUGUACAUAAGGAGUUUACUUAAUUUCGCACUUAAAGAAUGUGCUUAAUUUCUAUGAAUUUUACUUUUGCAUUUAAGGAAUUUAUUGAAUUUUGUACUCUAGGAAUUGUCUUGAUGUUGUACUUAACAAAUUUACACAAAUUUAUAAUUGAGGAUUUUACUUUUACUACUUUAUUUCUAAUGAAGGAUUUUGCUCAUAUCAUAAGAAUUUCACUUAAUGUUGUAAUAAAGAAUUUUGCAAAUUUU